UCCAAGAGCAGAUUCAAAAAUGAGCUGUACAGCGUUGGCAGUGCUCGCAUUCUUGUGCGUUGCUGUCAACUGUGAUGUUUACUUCACAUACGGUCCUGGAGUCGAACAAUGGGGUCUAAUCAGCAAAUUCUGCGACGGAGACAGGCAAAGCCCUAUCGAUUUGGACUCGAAGCUGGUGCAAACUGUGGCGGGAGGAAAACCCCUGGAACUGACAAACGUUUGUGAGAAUCCGACUAAGGUUCGCGUGCACAACAAUGGCCACACAGUUGUUUUCAGCCUGUCGUAUCCAGCGUCAAAGGGUGUUAUUCUUCAAGGAGGUCCACUAGAAGGGACUUUCAAAUUCUCCAGCUUACAUUUUCACUGGGAUGCAGAACACACGGUAGAUAUGGAGAGGUUCCCUCUCGAAAUGCACAUGGUUUUCUACAACCAGGAGUACGGUUCUGUGCACAAGGCUCAAUUUCAACCGAACGGAUUGGCGGUAUUGGGGUAUUUUUUCGCUGAACGCUCGGGAGCAGAAGCACGACGCUGGAUAGACUCUUUGAAAUCAGUGAAGGCCGCAGGAUCUAAAUACACUUUUGUCCAUCCAAACUACAUGAACCUAGCAAAAAUUAUUGGGCGUAAAGUAAAAUCGUACUUCUACUAUCCAGGAAGCUUAACAACUCCACUGUGUUACGAAACGGUAUCAUGGAUUAUUCAGAAAGCACCAUUGACAAUCAGCCCGGCACAGAUGAAGCUUUUCAACAGCCUGAAGGCAAAACAUGGUUUGAUGAAGAACAAUUACAGACCGCUGCAGGAUCUAAAUGGGAGAAGUAUACUGUUUUAUGAAAAUUGAUGAAAAAUCUUAGAUGAGACUGAGCGUUUGUUUUUUUAUUGACUAUACUUGUUCAUUCAUAGAUGUCCUACUGUAAUACAACGACUGUAAUACAAUUGCGUCAACAAUUUCAUUUGAAGUUGACUCAAUUUUUCAUCG